UGGGGACGCCAACUGUCUUUUGUUUUUUUUAAUUCUUUAGACAAUCGUCAUCAUGUGCCGGUUUUAAUGAAGAUUAUCAUUGUCACAGUAAAUAUAUACUCUAUUAAUAACUAAUCAAAAAUAAAAACAAUAUAAAAUGGCCACUCACUGUUUAAUAUAUCCAUUAUUUUUUUUAAUUGUCUAUGCUUGUGUCUCUCUAUUCAGUUGGAUGUGGCCAUCCAUUGAUCCAAUGUUUCAUUGUGAAUAUAAGAAACACUCAGCAGCAUGUCACAGAGAUAUAGAUAAUUGGAAAAUUCAUGGAACUGUAUCUACUUUUAUCGAAUACAGAAGCAAUGAUGAAUCACUGUUAUCUGUUAUUUUAAUGUGGGAUCAAAAUGUCAUUUACAAUAAAACAAUAUUAGAAAAAGAUAUUUAUGUAGAAGCUGAAAUUGAUACUUUUGCAUCAUCAGUUAUAUUUCAUCUUUAUAAUUUAUCAACAACUGAUGAUUUUCAUUUGUGCCUUGAAAUAUUGGAGGAAAUUUGUUGGAUGAAUUUCAAACAAAAUGCUGGUUGUAUUAAUUUUCCAAUGAAAACACUAACCGAUAAUUUAAUUGUCCACAAACCAGCUGAUAAAUUAAUCUAUUUUUCAUCAAAAAAUGAUCAAAUAUUGUUAAAUUUUGUAAUCUCAUUAUUUAUAACAUCAAGCCUUGUGUCAAUGAUUUUUUUUAUUAAAUUAGCUUAUAAAGGAAAAAGCUUACAAAGAGAAUAUCUAGAUGAUGAUGAUGAUGAUGAUGACCAAGUAUUGAUUGCUGCUGAAAUUUAAUUUUUGUAAAUAUAAAUAAACUUUUUGUUAAAAUAAAUAAAUCAUAAAAUAGACAUAAAUUAUUUAUUCAAAAUUUAUGCAACAGGUACUAUGAACACAUUUAUCUUUGCCCUGUUUUGUUUAUUUUAUAUUUUUUGUUUUUAUUUAAUGAUAAUGAUGAUAAUAUUUUUACACAAUUAUUAUUUACAAUUCAGGCCAUUUAACAAUUAUUCGCUUUCAAAUUCACAAUAUGUAUUAUUUUUUUUUUCAUUUAAUUUACAAGAUGUACAAUUAUUAGCAUUUUAUCAAUGCCGAAACGAGCAAGUAGUAUACUUUAUUAUUAUUAUUAUUUUUUAAUACUAUUUUACAAGAUGUAAUCACCUCUCUUUAAUAUAUUUCUUUUUUUUUUUUAAUUUCAUCACGAGAAAAAAGGCGACAAUCUGAUAUGUACUCGUUUUUUUUUUCUUCAAUUCUAUUCAUUUUUUAAAAUAUAUAUUUGUUACAGCGAUUAUUGUCAUUUUUUUAAUUUUAAUUUUUCCCCGAGGAUGAAAACUCGAGCCAUUCAUUUAUUUUGCCGACGUUGGCCAUGGAAUUACAAGU